AUGGUUGCUAGUUUUUCAAUUCUGGUAUCAGCAGCACAUAAACAUAAGGACAAGAAAUUUGAUUCUGAUUAAGUUAAAAAUUUAGUUAGUGCUCUAUUCAACUCAUCUUAUGCUCUUGGAGGUAUGACUGGGCCUAUAUUUGGUGGAUAUAACUAGGGAUAUUAGCCCUACUACUAACCAAUUCCAUAGUAAAAUGCUCAAAUGCAGUCUCAGCCUAUUUACUAACCCUAGCCAUACGCAGGAGCUCCUCAUAAUGGAGUACUUCACUAACCGUUGAUGGUGCAGUCACAUGGAUAUCAUCAUAAACAUAGAAAAAGUAGUGUAUCCUCUAACUCUUCUCAUGGACACCACCACCAUCUUCAUGGUGGAAAACAUUUUAAAAAGUGCCAAAAGAAAUGCAAAAAGGCUGCUAAAAGGAUAGUAAUUGCAUUCACAGUUUUAGUUAUAGUAGCUAUGAUUCUAAAUAUGGCAACUAAGUGA